AGCGCCUAACGGCCGCCUUCCGGUGGUGGGAAAGUGAACCAAGCCAGAAUCAAAGCGGCGCGUCCUGUGGCAGGUGGGGGUGCCUGUGGAAAGGGAAGGCAGGCGACUGGCUAGGGCUUGGCUCGGGAGGCCAGCGGAGCAGCAACUGCAGAAGCAGGCAGCGGCAGAGAGGGAAUGGUGCCGGGAGGCGCCGAGGAGGAGGCGCAGUCCGUCCCUCUCAGGGUUAGUGAAUGAGGCUCUCCGCCCGGGCCGGCCCGGGGACUGUGCGCUGCGGGUCCCAAGCAUGAGUGCGGGCCCCGGCUGUGAGCCCUGCACCAAGCGACCCCGCUGGGGCACCGCUGCAACUUCUCCGCCGGCCGCCUCGGACGCCCGGAGUUUCCCCGGCAGGCAGAGGCGCGUUCUCGAUCCCAAGGACGCUCCCGUGCAGUUCAGGGUCCCACCGUCCUCGUCAGGCUGCGUCCCGGGGCGGGCGGGACCGCACAGAGGCAGCGCCACCUCGCUUGUUUUCAAACAAAAGACUAUUACCAGUUGGAUGGACACUAAAGGAAUCAAGACAGCUGAAGCAGAAAGUUUGCACAGUAAAGAAAACAAUAAUACAAGACUGGAAUCCAUGAUGAGUUCUGUACAAAAAGAUAACUUUUAUCAACAUAAUGUGGAAAAAUUAGAAAAUGUUUCUCAACUAAGUCUUGAUAAAUCACCUGUUGAAAAAAGUACACAAUAUUUGAACCAGCAUCAGACUGCAGCUAUGUGUAAGUGGCAAAAUGAAGGGAAACAUACAGAGCGGCUUUUGGAAAGUGAACCUUCAACAGUAACUCUGAUACCAGAGCAGUUCAGUAAUGCUAAUGAUCAGUCACCCCGAAACGAUGAUCACAGUGACACAGAUAGUGAGGAGAGUAGAGAUAAUCAGCAAUUUUUGACACCUGUAAAGUUUGCAAAUGCAAAGCAGACCACAGAAGAUGAACAGGCCAGAGAAGCCAGAAGCCACCAGAAGUGCAGCAAGUCUUGCCAUCCUGUAGAAGACUGUGCAGGUUGUCAGCCGGAAGAGAUAGAUGUGGUGCCAGAGAGUCCCUUGUCAGACAUCGGCUCUGAAGAUGCUGGUAGUGGACUGAAAAAUGCCAACAAAUUGAGUAGACAGGAGAGUAGCUUAGGAAAUUCUCCUCCAUUUGAGAAAGAAAGUGAACCCGAGUCACCAAUGGAUGUAGAUAAUUCCAAAAAUAGUUGUCAGGACUCAGAGGCAGAUGAAGAGACAAGUCCAGGUUUUGAUGAGCAAGAAGAUAGCAAUUCCUCCCAAAUAGCUGGUAAACCUUCAAGGUUCCAAGCAAGAGAAGCCGACACUGAAUUGAGGAAACGGUCCUCUUCUAAAGGAGGUGAAAUUCAGUUACAUUUUCAGUUUGAAGGAGGAGAGACUCGCAGUGGAAUGAAUGAUUUAAAUGCCAAACCAUCUGGAAGUAUUUCUAGCCUAAAUGUAGAAUGCAGGAAUUCCAAGCAACAUGGAAAAAAGGAUACUAAAAUCACAGAUCAUUUCAUGAGACUGCCUAAAGUAGAUGACAAAAGAAAAGAACAAUGUGAAAUCAAGCAUCAAAGGACAGAAAGGAAGAUACCUAAAUACGUUCCACCUCACCUUUCUCCAGAUAAGAAAUGGCUUGGAACUCCUAUUGAGGAUAUGAGAAGAAUGCCUCGGUGUGGGAACCGGCUGCCUCUCUUGAGACCAUCUGCUAAUCAUACAGUAACUAUUCGGGUAGACCUUUUGCGAGCAGGAGAAGUUCCUAAACCUUUUCCAACACAUUUUAAAGAUUUGUGGGACAAUAAGCAUGUUAAGAUGCCUUGUUCAGAACAAAACUUGUACCCUGUGGAAGAUGAGAAUGGUGAGCGAACUGCAGGGAGCCGGUGGGAGCUCAUUCAGACUGCACUUCUCAACAAAUUCACACGGCCCCAAAACCUGAAGGAUGCUAUUUUGAAAUAUAAUGUGGCAUAUUCUAAGAAAUGGGACUUCACAGCUUUGGUUGAUUUCUGGGAUAAGGUACUUGAAGAAGCAGAAGCUCAACAUUUAUAUCAGUCGAUUUUGCCUGAUAUGGUGAAAAUUGCACUCUGUUUGCCAAAUAUUUGCACCCAGCCAAUACCGCUCCUGAAACAGAAGAUGAAUCAUUCCAUCACAAUGUCACAGGAACAGAUUGCCAGUCUUUUAGCUAAUGCUUUCUUCUGCACAUUUCCACGGCGAAAUGCUAAGAUGAAAUCCGAGUAUUCUAGCUACCCAGACAUUAACUUCAAUCGGUUGUUUGAAGGACGUUCAUCAAGGAAACCAGAGAAACUUAAGACACUCUUCUGCUAUUUUAGAAGAGUCACAGAGAAAAAACCUACUGGCUUGGUGACAUUUACAAGACAGAGUCUUGAAGAUUUUCCAGAGUGGGAAAGAUGUGACAAACUCCUGACUCGAUUGCAUGUCACUUAUGAAGGUACCAUAGAAGGAAAUGGUCAAGGCAUGCUACAGGUGGAUUUUGCAAACCGUUUUGUUGGAGGUGGUGUAACCGGUGCAGGACUUGUGCAAGAAGAAAUCCGCUUUUUAAUUAACCCCGAGUUAAUUGUUUCACGGCUCUUCACUGAGGUGCUGGAUCACAAUGAAUGUCUUAUCAUUACAGGUACCGAACAGUACAGUGAAUACACAGGCUAUGCUGAAACGUAUCGUUGGGCCCGAAGUCACGAAGAUGGGAGUGAAAGGGACGCCUGGCAGCGGCGUGGCACCGAAAUCGUCGCCAUCGAUGCCCUUCACUUCAGACGCUACCUCGACCAGUUUGUGCCUGAGAAAAUCAGACGCGAGCUUAACAAGGCUUACUGUGGAUUUCUCCGUCCUGGAGUUUCUUCAGAGAAUCUUUCUGCAGUAGCCACAGGAAACUGGGGCUGUGGUGCCUUUGGCGGUGAUGCUAGAUUAAAAGCCUUAAUACAGAUAAUGGCAGCUGCUGUAGCUGAGCGAGAUGUGGUUUAUUUCACCUUUGGGGACUCAGAAUUGAUGAGAGACAUUUACAACAUGCACACUUUCCUUACUGAAAGGAAACUAACCGUUGGAGAAGUGUAUAAGCUCUUGCUACGGUAUUACAACGAAGAAUGCAGAAACUGUUCGACCCCCGGACCAGACAUCAAGCUUUAUCCAUUCAUAUACCAUGCUGUGGAGUCCUGUACAGAGACCACCAGCCAGCCAGGACAGAGGACUGGGGCCUGAGGAACUGAGUAAAUAGAACCUCCUUCCACCUCUCACCAGAAACAUCCUGUUUGAAUUGUCAGGUGUAAUAUACGAACUGACUUAAUUUAAUAUAAAUGUGUAUAUAAUCCAGUUUGUGGGCAAGGAUGCAGUCCCUUCCACACAUACGCAGUUGUCAGUUUGUACAUGUAAGCCCCCUCCAUCCUAACUUACGUAUGCUUAGAUAUAUUUUGUUUCCAUUUUUUUCUAUUUCAGUCUUCAUUCUUCAGCUUUUCUUUCUUUUGCCCAUCAGAUUUCCUGUGAAAUCCCAUGAAGGGUUGUGCUCAGUCCAUCAGGUCUCUUUUGAUGCCUAUAUAUUAUGCACAUUGCCUCUGCAGCUAGCAGAUGCCAGGGAAGAAGUUGAAAACCAAGAACUUUUUUAACUGGGUUUGCUAAAGAUCUCCCUGUAAGCCUUUCACCCCCAACUCUUGUUAAGAUUGUGUUGCCUGAGUUUUUGAAUUUUGAAAAUUAAGAGUUGAGGAUUUUUUUAUACAUGUUACAUAAUGUAAAUCUCCUAGGUCAAAACGAUUUUGUAUUUAAGACAGAAUAAUUUCCAGAUAUAGUUCUUUUGAGACAUCACCUUUAUCUAAAAUGGUUUGUCUAUACUUUUUUCCCUGUUCAAUUUUUAUUAAUACUGUUUUUUGGAAACUGACCAAGAUGGAAGGAAAUGUAGAAUAAAAGAGUUUCCCCAAAUGGCGUUUUAAAAAGAAAAGAACAAAGGGAGUUGAAGGCUUUUUUUGUUUCUUGGGAUUUUUUUUCUUUUCAAAUUAGAAUUAUUGUUUGUUCUCUGGUGCUUGAGGCAUAUUCAUAUAACCAAAGUUUAGGAACUGAGAACUCACACGAUUUGUAUAUAUUAAAGUUUCUCUGGUAUUCAAUGAUUACAUAGUUAAUAAAUUUUCAUUAACAAAUCAUUUGUCAGAAACUCCCAUAUCAUCUAUAUUUUAUAUGUAUAUAAAUAUAUGUUCUUUAAGUGUGUCUGUUUGCAAGCACAUAACACCCAAAUAAAACUGGAAUUAUAGGAAAUGAUUAGGUUUAGGCUUUAUCAGGGGCUCUGUUUAAAAUCAUUUAUUUACAGUUGUAUCCAUUUAAAGCUGGUGGCAAACAAAUAAGAAUGUCUUUCAGAGGUUUCAAUAAAAGUUGAUUCUGUUUUGAGAGUAGAGUUUAAUCACAAAGCACUUAUUCAUAUUUCUAAAAUAGUUCUAACCUAUUACUGUUGAAGUUCUAGUUUAUAGUCAACUGUCGGAAAACGCUAUUGGAGGUCCAAUCCUAGUAGUAAGGAAUUUUGGUGGAUGGUCCAAACUCCUGGUGUCAGUAUUGGCAGGAAAAUAUGGGGCUGUGGCCAAUGUCUGCAACUCUUUUUAUUCGGAAUUUGGCACCUGACAGCAGCCACUUGUCAUUAAUGAAGUUCUUUACCAUAGUACUAAGAUUUUUAAACAUCUCCCUAAAUCCAAGGUGUCUGGCUUUAUUUCUACUGAUGCUAAAGUCUUCUCUUUCCUUCCCAACCCAUUCUGAGCUUUGUUUAAGCAUUCAUAGUUAUAUUUCAUUUCUUUUUUCUGUCUCCAUAUCAUUUUCCUCUUACCCAGCUCCAAGACUAAGUGAACAGUUCUUUAAAACAAUACAGGAGCAGUAUAGGAUGGUUCAUGUGGUAGAGAAAUCAUUAAAUCCAGGUAAGACCACCCAGCCUAAUAUUCCAGAACAUAGACUCUAAGACUCAACUCUUAUUGAUGAACGGGCUUAGUGACUUGGCCAUCUGCCUGAGUGCCUCACUCUUUUGAGGGCCUUCAAAGAAGAAGACCUGCCCACUCUGUCCCAGUACAUUCGGGGAUUGGGACAGUUUAAUCAAAGGGAACGUAAAGAGAACUAAUGUCCAUUUUUUGAGGCAGGAGGAAUGCCCUCUAUAAAAAGAGAGAAAAAAUCAGACUUCUAAUUAACGUGUGUCUGUUCUAAGACAUUUAACUGCACCUUUUUAUUCUCUUUCAUUAGGGACUUAUUGUUUCCUUCAUGUUGUUUACCUUCCCUUUCAUCUAUUGAGGCAUGAAAUGGUAUUUUUAGUUUAGAAUUCUUAUGUUGUUAAUAUAGCUCACUUGCUUUACACUUUCUGUCUAGCUCACUGAAAUGAAGUAACAGUUUAAGGAAGCAAUGCGGAGUCAUGGAAAAAAUUUGAGAUUUUAAAUCAGACAAACUAGGUUCCAGUGUUAGCCAUGUAUCUUGCUAAUUCUCUAAAUAAACUUAAUAUUUGAGCCUUAUUUAACUCAUCUAGAAAAUGGGCUAUUAGCACUUAUUAGGGAAUAGUGUAUAUAAAGAAGUGUUCAUGGGGUCUGGCACAUAGUUGGUACUCAAUAAAUUUCAGUCUUUAUAGUUGACCAGGAAACAUUUAUGGAGCACCUCCUGUAUGUAUUACUGUAUGUAAUAACAUACUGUGCUAGUUGCUUUGCAUAUUUUAGCCCAUUUUUCCAAUGGACUAACAGAUGCCCAGAGGUUAGGGAAUACCAUCAUCUCAACCUCCAGAAGCUCUUUGUGAAAGGAAACUUACUCUAUCAUCUCUGGCAGAGACCUGACCGAGCAAAGGCUCUGACACUGUUGUUCUCUACCAAGUUCCUACUAUAAGUUAUUCUUCAUAAUGAAUGACGUUAUCAGUGGGGUGCAUUAAAAUAUCUCUGAGAGAAUUAUUUCUUUUCUUGCUGGUUGAAGUGACAUUAAGGGCAGGCAGACCCAAAUUGGUACUCAAGGGGAGAUUGAAAGGAGAUCUAACCAGGCUUCAUGAUUGCCUUGCCAGGUGUUUAACCAAUAUUUAUUGCUUUGGAAACCAAAUACUGAUUAAGCUGUCCCAGUGCAAUAAUAUGAUGGAGCAAAAGUUAGCUGGGUUGCAUUCUUAAAAACUUCAACAGGAAGAGAAGCAGUUGUAUAGAUUCUCGCCUGUUUUUGUUUUUGUUUUUGUUUUUUUUUUUUUGGUUGUUUUUUAUUUUGUUUUGUCUUUUUGUUUUGUUUUGUUUUUUUGGUCUUUUCCAAUCUUUGUGGCUGCAUGUUUAUGGCUUUUUUCUGAUGUAAGGAAAACCUGAAUCCUAGUAUGUCUGCUUUAAUGAUAAGUAAAGUUUAGAAGUCCUGUACUUUCUUCUUUCAGGCUUGUGGAUCUGCUCCAAUCCGUUGUUUUUGGAGGUAAGGGAAAGACCAGCCAUUGCUGGCACUUGAGUUCAAAUAUAUAAUCCUGUUCUUGUUUGGGGGCUGGAAGGGGGUCCGAAUGAAUACUUAUUGGAACAAACUACUAAAAUCCACUGAGCCACCGCUGUUCUCUGUGCCUGUGACAGAGUGUCCUUUGUCCCCAUCAUCAGAUUCCCACACAGAUCUACUGAACCUCCAAAGGAGAAAGUUUCCCAUACAAGACAUCCAAAACUGCUGUGUUUGCCUGAUAACUGGUUUUAUUUUUCCUGUUUAUUUUAAAUAUAGGGUUACCAUGUAAUGAUGAUUUUGAACUUGGGAAUAAGGAGAGCUCUGUGCUAUUGUUUACAUGAUUUUUGUAGGAUGAGAAUAAAGAAAUUCUGACCCCCUU